AUGGCGUACCACGACGUGAAUCGGUAUGGGCUUGGGCGCGGUGGUCGUCCAUCAUCUCAUCGGUACGCUUCGCCUCCGAUGAGCUCAUCUAGGCAAGCCACUAGUGGUUCGAGUUACCUACACAACUCCCCGAGCGGCUAUCGACGGACGAAUAGCAACAUGAACGCCAUUCAGUCGCCGGAGAACGGUAUCUAUGAGGAGUAUGGGACCACCCCCAUGGCGAUAUCUCCUUACCCGGAAGCAGAUGUUAUGAAUAUGCACCCAGCUCCAUACACAGAACACCCGAGAAUGAAUAAUAUAUUGGGCAACCCUCCGCAAGUCCAUGUAUCGUCUCACGCUUUUCCACACAAUAUGGGGUACUCACCUCCAUGGAAUGUGUUGCAUACCGAGGUAGACUACAGAGCCAUAGCAGCGGAAACGUCAGAUGAAUUGUUCCACUCGAUGAUAGAUCAAAAUAUGCUCCUGAACGUGCCUCACAACCCUCGUAGUCAUGGCACUGGUGAAACAAGGGGGUCGUUCUCUACCGUGGGCACACCGCACACGGCUUCUUCGGAUUGCCGUAGUGAAGUGAGCCUCGAACAUACAGAGAUAAGGAGAGGCGGACGACAGCAGGGCUCGAGGCUACCAGAAGACGGCGUGCUGAAUGUUCGCCAGGUGCGGGAUGUAGGGGCAUGUAUCAGGUGCUUCGUGUUACGAGAAAGGUGUUCGCCCGGUACACCCUGUUUAAAGUGCUCCAUUACCAAGGGUCGUAAAUGGGUCGGCUGUAUACGCUCCUUCGAGGAACUGACUAAAUUACUCAAUCCUGACACACUUGCUGGACGGUUGCGACCCCAGGCUCUGACGCAAUGGAUGUCUACGAAUAUUCGGAGUACUCUUUGGCAGAGACAGUUUGACCUGCCAUUGAGCUUCGGGUUCGGCGAAAAUUUCAUCGGAUUUCGGGGUGUCGAAUAUAUUCCCAACACAGACGAAGCACGCUGGAGGGGUACUGUCGGCCACAGUGAUAUACAUCCUGAAUCACCCCAAUUUCAUCAGAGCCUUUACGUAUAUCCAGUCAAUAGUUCCUCUCUUGACGUUCAGAGAAUGGUAUGGGAGUGGUUGAAACAAACUCUCGGGGACAGACAUAGUAUGGAAGAUUGGUUACGUACAUGUUUUCGCGGAGAUGAACUCAAAUGGAUACGGGAUUUACUUCGAGUGACUCGGCGCUACACCUUUGAAAGCUGGAAUGAAAGGCCGCAGGAGGAAGUCGACUCCCAGCUUGACGAUAACCUAUUAGAUGCAUGGAUGGCGUGCUUGAUUGUGACAAUACUAUCGUUACCCAUCAAUAUCCCUACGGAUGUGGUCGAUAGUAUUGUUCCGAAUCUGCAAUUCGGCUCCUACCAAAGUCCAUACCCGAAUGCCUCUCGUGCCUUGUCGAAAUGCGUUAAAAGCUUGUUGUUUGAUAUGUACCAGCAAUUCGUCAAAAGAAUCACGUUGGCUCUCGAAAACUUUGAUAAGCUCAAGAUUGAACAGAUAUCUGAACGUCGUCUGGCUCAUGUGAACUGUAUCUCGGUUUUGCUGAUGGUUCUGACAUCGCGAAUUCAGACGUCGUUGAUGGACGACAGUCGGCUAACCUUCGAACGAGAGAACGAUCCGACAAUAUGGGAUCAAACUCUGGUUCAAUUAGAGAACGUUGAAGGGGUGUUCAAGAACAUCAUUCUGUUUGUUCGUUACAUGAGCAAAGAAUGGUUUAAACAGAACCGUGGAUCAAGAUUACGAGAUCUUCCUCGGGAGAUCCGCGAAAUAGGGCAAAACUAUCACAAUGCCAUUGAGCCACACAUCAAUGUCAAGCUGGAGGCAUUUAGAGGCCCCGACGUUUUGUUUCAUAAACCAAAUAUGCAGCGGGUCUUUGCGUUUUUCUUCAAUCUUGAGUGUCAAUUUCGUAAAACUCGAUAG